CCAUCUUUGUUCUUGAUCCUUUCAUCCCUUAUCUCCUUCAUCCCCUCCAAUCCCUCAGCUGUUCUUGUCUGCGGAGGAAGGGCAGGAGAAAGAGAGAGUUUUUCCACCAGCAGAGCUCCGUCAGCAGUCUGCCGGGGAGAGCGUCGGAGGAGCCGCCCAUCCAACCUGGGAUUGUGAAAUCUGAAGGAGCUCGUGAGGUUUGGAGGCGACUGGGACCAGAGGCUGCUCACCUGCAGGAGACAAGGCAGAGUGACUGUUUUGGUUGUCGUCAGUAACAUCCUCCAGCAUCCGUUGCCAUGGCAGCUGAGAAAGCUGAAAUAGAUAAACUGAAAAAGGAGUGCGAUGCCCUCCGUACACAGAUCGAGGCGGCCCGUAAAGCGGUGAACGACACCACCAUGACAGCAGCAUCCAGCGGUGUCGCCUCGGUGGGCCGGGUCCAACUGAAGCUCAGGAAGACACUGAAAGGUCACCUGGCUAAAAUCUACGCCAUGCACUGGGCUGMAGACUCCAGGCAAAUGGUGAGUGCAUCGCAGGAUGGAAAGCUCCUGAUCUGGGACACUUUUACUGGGAAUAAGCUGGUAGCCGUCCCUCUAAAGUCGGCCUGGGUGAUGAGCGUUGCCUUCGCCCCCUCCGCUAACCUGGUGGCCAGCGGGGGUCUGGAUAACAUCUGCACGGUCUACAACGUCAAGGCUGCCAGCCCCAAGACCCUCAGGGAGCUGGACGCACACACAGGUUACUUGUCCUGCUGCCGUUUCCUCAGUGAUUCUGAGAUCCUGACCGCCUCUGGGGACACCACCUGCUGUCUCUGGGACUUGGAGACAGGCAAGCAGAAGACCGUCUACACCAACCACAUUGGGGACUGCAUGUCUCUGGCUCUGUCCCCGGACAUGAAGUACUUCAUCUCCGGAGCCUGCGACUCUCUGGCCAAGCUGUGGGACCUGAGGGAGGGGUCCUGCAAGCAGACCUUCUCCGGACACACCAGUGACAUCAACGCCAUCUCUUUCUUCCACAGCGGGAACGCCAUCAUCACAGGCUCCGACGACUGCUCCUGCAAGAUGUAUGACCUGCGCUCCGACCAGGAGGUCCUCUCCUACACCGACCCCACCCUGAACGCCGGCGUCACGUCCUUGGCCCUCUCCAACUCGGGCCGCCUUAUCUUUGCAGGUUACGACGACUUCAACUGCCACAUCUGGGACUCACUGAAGGGAGAGAAAGUCGGUGUUCUCUCCGGCCACGACAACAGGGUGAGCUGCACCGGUGUCCCUGCAGAUGGGAUGGGGGUCUGCACAGGGUCCUGGGACAGCUUCCUCAAACUGUGGAACUGAGACGUUUCAGGAGAAGAAAAAAAACUCCAGAAGAAAAGAGGAGGAGGAAGAGAAGAAGGAGAGGGAGGAGGGAUGAAAACAUGAAAAAGGAGAGAAGAGAAGGAAGAGAGGAUGUGUGAGAGAUAACUUCAUCUCUUCCUCUUCCUCGCUGUGAAAGAGCCACCUUGAAAAGGCCUCGUCCUGCUGAAUGUACAGAAGAGCUUCACUGCUGAGUCAAAUUCUGAAACAAAUUCCUAAAAAAAAAA